UUUAUUUUUCAUUAUGUCUUGUUCUCAUUUUACGACGCCUAUUGAUAUACCUGCUUAUUGCUUGACAUUCACUGCAGAUAACCAAUUAUUGAUAGGUGCUGGUGGAGGUUCAUCACGCUCUGGUGUCAAGAAUAAACUUAUAUCCUAUAAAGUAGACACUCGAAGAAAGGCAUUAGAAGAAGAUGCUACAUUUGAAUUUGAAGCAGGGGAAGAUGCUCCCAUGUGUUUAGACGCUCAUCCUACUGAACCUGUUAUAUUAGCAGGUGUCAAUGCGUCUGAUGAAAGCAUUAUGCAAGGCACAAAUAACAAUUGUCGCGUAUUUCGCGUCUUGGAAGACAAAUUUGUAUUAGAAAAAGCCAUCAAGACAGUCGAGAGCAAGAAUCCAUCAGAUUACCAACGUGUGGUUCGCAUGAGUCAAGAUGGAAGUUUAGUGGCUAUAGGCACAACUGAUGGUUAUGUAAGUGUAUUCAAAUAUCCUGAAUUAGAAGCACUUUGUAAGCCUAUUCAAGUCUGUACGGAUGACGAAGUAUUGGAUGUUGAUAUCAACCUCGAAAAAGAAAAGAUGGUCAGUGUCGUCAGAAAUCAAUUGUCAUUGAUCAAUCUACGUGGUAAAAACAUGGGCACCACAGUACAGACAAUGACCAGUGCGAGUGUGAUUAAACAAGGCGCCUCUUAUUUUAGAGCAUUUAGAUAUGGUCGAGGCUAUACAAAAGACGUUGGUUUUGCUGUGGUCAAUGGCAUAACAAAACGUGGUGCUUAUAUCAUCAAAUACGACGCUUAUUCACUCGAACGUAUAAAACAAGUCAAAGUCAGCAAGACACCCAUCACAGCCUUUGCCUUAAGUCAAGAUGGUGCUAUUUUAGCCUUUGGUAGUGUUGAUCUCAGUAUCACGGUCAUGGAUGCCAUGUCUAUGCGGGUCUUGACCACCAUCAAAAAUGCCCAUGGAUUCUCAAUUACUUGCAUUGGCAUCAGUCCAGAUAGACGCUUGUUGGUCAGUGCAUCUCCAGAUAAUACAUGUCACGUUGUUUCUUUGCCUCUUCAAUUCCCUACAGGUGUCCAAAUCAAUCCCUUCUAUACAUUGAUUCUGGCUUGCUUUGUGGCUGGUAUUAUGCUGUGGCUUACUACAUUGGUCGAUCUUCAACCCUUUUUUGAACAAAAGGGAUUGGUGCCUGUCAAAUCCACUGUGUCUGAUUCUGCUGCUGUUGUUCCAUCUCCAUUCACUACACCUGAAGUUAUCCUCCACAAGGAUCAGAGAGAUGAGUUAUAAAAUACUAAUAAUAAUAUACAUAAGAAAAAACAAAAUGACAGAAAAAGGUUGUUUAUUUCACAAGAGAGGGUGUUGUUGGGUAAAGAAAUUAUUGUUGGUCUUUGUAUUGUUUGGC